UUUGAUAUGAAAUAACGUGAAUGAUGGCUUUUUUAUCCUCACCACAACUUUUCUUUGGAAAAGCCAAGACUAAAAAGGGAAUGAAUGAUCAAAAGGAAAGAAUAUUGAGAAAGCGAAUACAUCUUUCGAGACACUGCACUACAUUUUCUAUUUAUCUUAAAGAGAUGGUCACAACCUCAAGUGAUGCAACUAGCCAAGAGAACAGUGCGUUGGAUAAGGUUUUGAGUGACUUUGACAAGUAUGUAGUGAAAACAUAUAAUAGACAGCCUUUAUAUUUCUCACAUGGUAAUGGUGCUUGGCUUUGGGAUCAGGACGAACGCAAGUUGUUGGAUUUUGUUGGAGGUAUUGCCACUUGUAGCGUUGGUCACUGUCAUCCAAAACUCAUCGAUGCCGUCCAACAGCAAAUGAAUAGUGUCCAUCAUGUAUCCAACUUAUAUUAUAUUCCUCAGCAAGUAGAAUUGGCAAAGUGGUUGGUGGAACACUCUUGUGCUGACAAAGUUUUCUUUUGUAAUUCAGGAACAGAAGCUAAUGAAGCAGCUAUUAAGCUGGCAAGAAAAUAUGGUAAAGUUCGUUGGAAUUGUAAAGAACCGAUCAUUAUCAGUGCAAACAAGUCAUUCCAUGGAAGGACUUGUGGUUCUCUAAGUGCAACUGCUCAACCUAAAUAUCAAUCCCAUUUUUUACCUUUGUUACCGGGAUUCCUUUAUGUGGAUUACAACGAUACGUCAUCUUUCUUAGAAUUGGUUGAUAACAUAAAGUCUUCGGAUGAUCGAAGAAUUGUGGGGGUAAUGUUAGAAGCUGUUCAAGGAGAAGGUGGAGUUAUGCCUGGAGAUGAAAAGUUCUUUCAAACUGUUCGACAAGUUUGUAGUCAGAUAGGAGCUUUGAUGAUAUUAGAUGAAGUUCAAGUAGGAAUGGGAAGAACUGGAAGACUUUGGGGAUAUGAGCAUUAUCGUAUUGAACCAGAUAUUUUCACUACAGCAAAGGGUCUUGCAGGUGGAGUUCCAAUAGGAGCUAUGUUGUGCCAAUCUCACUGUGACUUGUUUGAACCCGGAGACCAUGCAGCAACUUUUGGAGGAAAUCCUUUAUCUUGUGUAGCGGCAUUAUCAGUUUGUCACAUUAUUGAAGAAGAACAACUUAUCGAAAAUGCCAAAGAGAGAGGAAUGGAGUUACAAAUAGGUUUGGAAAAGUUGAAACAAUCAUAUCCACAGUGUAUUUCUCAAGUACGAGGAUUGGGUUUAUUAAUAGGAUUACAACUUAAAGAUGGUUAUACAGCAUCUCAAGUCAUUGAUAGAGCACUUGAACAAAACUUAUUAGUAUUGUCUGCUGGUCCUCAAGUUGUACGAUUGGCACCACCUCUGGUCAUUACUCAAGAACAAGUGCAAUUGGCUUUACAUAUCUUGAACAACGUUUUCAAAGAGUUAAUCUAGUUGAAAGUAAUAACAUGGCAUUUGUGGCCAAUUUCUUGUCAAGUUAUAAUAAUAAAAUACGCAAGUCUUGGUUGUUCACCAGUCACUUGCAACAACAACAUAGAGUAAGAAGUAACCUACAGACAAGUAUAUGUUCA